GAGCUGAUGGUGUAGAGAAAAGCGAAAGAAAGAAAGCACGCCACCCACUGGGCCACCAGAUCCUCCAGCUACACACGCCCAACAAAUUACACACCUGACACAUCACAGAAAACAACAACGUAAUAAAUAGAAACAAAACUAAUUAAUACAUACAUUUAAUGUAAAGUGAUAUGUAAAUUAUACUUAAUAAAAUUAAUUCGAAUUAGACAGCUGUUACACUUAUUUAAGAAUUUUAUAACGCAUAUUACACUAAUCUUAGCCUUAAAUUUAGUUUGAUAUUAAAUCAUGUUGAUAUAGGCCAUUUAUAAACACUUUCUUACGAGAACUAUUUCCAUCCAGAACGAUUUUCAUUUGAACCCGAGAUCAUUUAAUGUUUUAAACCUGAGAUCUAGAAAUCACCCAAAUUUUUGUAAAUUUUUUUUAAUUUUUUUAUUAAUUACUUCUAACCCUUUGGGCUACAGACCGCCCUUAUAAACCACGUUUUCCUAGAUAUGUUAAAUAUGCACUCAUUUAUAAAAUAGUAAAAAGCACCUGGUCCCUGUCGCACCUGUAAAUAUGCACCUAUGUAAACAGGCCAGUGUCUCCUUCUCUGUACCUGCGCUUUGUAGUUCUCCUUUAAAGCAAACACAGUGCGCCUGUUUUUAAUGCCAGUCCCUCAAAAACUCCGCUUAGCAGGAGGCAUGAAAGGCAGACAAGGACUCACAGGUUCAACACAAGCAAAUCCUGAGAUGAAAAGCAUGCGGAAAAUGGGUGCAGUCACCAACACAAAAGAUCCCUUGCUGCUAGUUAGUCACCCCCCAUCUUCCUUUAAAGCGAGCCCCCCCUGACCCCCCUCACUCCAGCCGAGAUGCAUUGUGGGGGAAGUCGUUGCCAUUCGACCUCUGCAGGGCCUGCGCGGACGCAGCCAGAACCCUGAAAUUCAUUAUGCCUUUAAAACCCCUAUUUAUUUCCGCAUAACCUACAUACUCUCGCCAGGAGGCCAAAGCGAAAAAAAACCCGAUCAUUUCGAUGCGGGGUAUUUAUUUCUAAACAGCAACAGAAUUACUCGGGAGCGGUUAGUAAAGAUAAUUCGUUAAGGAAAAGAAGUAGAUUGUAAUUUAUUAAGAAAAACAUGUCUGGAGAGCGAAACCGCAGGUCGCUGGCUUUCCGAGGAGGUGGAUUAGCCGCGACCGGCUCCAGUGGCGUCCGAGGCAGUAACGGCGACAGUUUCGAGGCCCAGGCCUGGACCGAGCGACACUUAAACGGCAACAGGCCGGAUCAAGACGACGACGGGGAUCUGGGGGCAAAAAAAGGACCGUCGCCCGGGCAAGUGGAGGGCGGGGGUUCGGUCAGCGACAGCACAGAGCCGGAGGCUGAGGAGGAGGAAGACCCGGAAGGAAGCAAGCGGACGGCCGAGAGAGACGCUGUCAACAACCGCGGCUGGACCGCCGUGACGCCCGGAGAAAGGGCCGAGACCAGCUGGACCACCGGGAACGGAAUGAACGGGGACGACGGAGCCGCGGGAUCAGAGGACGAGCGAGGCGCCGCGGCGCGCGGCGGAGACGCCAGAAAGCCCUGGGUCGAGAUGAGACCUCAGACGCUGCUUCAGAAACACUCGCUUUUCCAAGCCUCCUGGCUACAGGAGUUUCCGUGGCUAAAAUUUUGUCAAGAAACGGGACUCAUGUCUUGUUCGUGGUGUCACAACAUCGCCACCAACAACAGCGACGAGCUGGUGAAAGGCAGCCGGAAUUAUAAGCGCGCUCUGCUGCUGAGACAUCACCUGUCCUCCGAGCACGGCCGGAACGACCCGACCAAACAGGAACCCGAGAGGUUAGAAGACACAGAGGGCACCGAGGUGGAGGACUACAGAAACAAGCCAAAUGAAAACUCCUACUGCUACCAGCUGCUCCAGGAACUGGACAAGCAGCGCAAGAGUGGCAUCCUGUGUGACGUGAGCAUUGUGGUUUGCGGUCAGGUCUUCCGCGCACACAAGAACAUCUUGGUGGCAGGAAGCCGAUAUUUCAAGACCCUCUACUGCUUGACCAAGAGUGAGAAUCUUGACCAGACUACAGUCACACACCUAGAUGUUGCUGCCGUACAGGGCUUCUCAGUCAUCCUGGAUUUCCUGUACUCAGGCAACUUGCUGCUCACAAGCCAGAACGCCAUCGAGGUGAUGUCAGUGGCCAGCUACUUGCAGAUGAGCGAGGUUGUGCAGUCAUGCCGUGCUUUUAUCAAAGAUGCCCUGAACAUCAGCAUCAAGCAGGAAGCGCCUGACUCUGUGCUAGUGGACUACAACAAGCGGCGUGCUGUGCCCAAAGAUGACAAAAAGCCUGGCAAUUUCUGGGCCACCAGCAUCCUGUCCAAGCUGUCGAUUAAGGCCAGUGGGCAGGUGAAGGAGGAGCCGAGUGACGUGGCUGUGCCAAUGCUGGGUACCUCAGCCUGGGGCGGAGAAAACUCUGUGGAGUCCGGGGAGGCGCAGACACAGGGAUCAGCGCCUGUGUUCGUCUGGAAUGAGGUGCCCCCGGGUGCUGGGGCUGCCAUGAAAAGUGAGGAGCGUCACGAGCCAGGCAGUGGCAGGCGGAAAAAACAGAUUGCCAGACGCUUUGUCUACAAUAUCCCACCUGAGCCAGAGGAGGGCUUUGAUGAGGGCAUGUUCAUUCAGCCGUCAGCAUCCUACACCAGAGAUGACUACUCUUAUCUCUCGGAGAAAACAGGUGAAACGUCCGACACCGCUCUGAAUAAGCUCAAGUGUCCCCACUGUAACUACAUAGCCAAGCACCGACGAACACUAAAGCGACAUCUGAUCAUCCACUCAGGCGUGCGCUCCUUCAGCUGUGACAUCUGCGGCAAGCUCUUCACCCGCAGAGAACACGUCAAGAGACAUUCCCUGGUGCACAAGAAAGAUAAGAAGUACAAGUGCAUGGUGUGUAAGAAGAUCUUCAUGCUGGCGGCGAGUGUGGGGAUCCGUCAUGGCUCUCGUCGCUACGGUGUGUGUGUGGACUGUGCUGACUCGCACCAGGCCACACAGGAAGGGCUGGAGGCCAUGCAGGAGCUGGAGUUCAGCCGCGAUGAAGACUUCGAGGAGAAUGCCGAGGGGGACGAGGACAUGGGGGAGGAGGCCGAUGCCGAGGAGCCCAACGAUAACGACCAAUCCAACUACGAGGGCGACACAGGUGCCGCCCCCGAGGAGGACUAACGUUAAUGCAACUUCAACUAAAAAAAAAGCUGGGAAACAAUCAACAACUCCAAAGUGCUAUCAAACCUCACGGUUGCACAGUAGUGUGUAUGUCUAAAUGAAAAACAAAAGCGUUUGGUAGAUAGGGACUUGAAGAUGUAAAGAUUAUGUGUGUGACAGAGUCUAGGCCUGCUGCCUGUUAGAGAAAGAGAUAAAAUGAUGAUAUAUGAAAAUCAGGUUUUUCAGUGAUGUAUUUGUUUUUUCCUUCUUCUUUACUAGGGUCUGAUGGUGUACAGUGUUUUAAGUUACGAUAGGCCAAUCAUCUUAAAGAUAUUAUUUAAUUUAUGAAGAAAGUUAAUAUGGUCUUAUUAAAAUGCUAUAAUUUGUUGUUUUUUUUUUUUUCCAUGUCUGAUGAGAGAGGUUCCGUUUAGGCUGCGAUUCCUGGCAAGUCUGAACUUCCACGAGUUAUGACUGUCCUGACUUUAACGACCGCAUUUGGAGAUGUUGCCUACAGAAAGAUUUUUCUUUCCUUUCGAGUUGUGUAGAUAUGUUUAGUUAUCGUAAAAGAUCUCCGAGCGAUAUUUCCUUUCCUUUUUUUUCCCUGCACAAAUCUUGGAACCAAAAAAAUCUGUUUUGUGACUCUAAUAGACCACAGCCAUAUUUAUGAUUAAGUUAUAUUGGGGCUGUGCCAUUGUGCCAAGCAGAACGCACACCGAGAUUUGGCAGGAGGCGAACUACUGAAAAUGCUGAGAGUAAACAUAAAGCAGAGAAAAAGUUUAAAAAAACAAAAAACAAAAAAAAAAUUGUUUAAUGGGAAUAUAUUAUUGCUAGCUUUAUAUGAAUCACAGCAUCACCGUAACACUUUAUAGAGCAUUUUGACAUUCACUUAAAGCUUGAAUUUUGCCAAAUGACGGAAACGUUUGGUGCUGUAAUGCUUGUUUUUGAAAUACUGGACCUAAAAGCUGUAUAUGAUAUUAAUAAUCGUAAAGCCUACUCAACUCAGAUAUUUUAAUCCGCUCUAUAUGUAACACUGUUGUGCUAAAGAGCCGAUCAGGUAUGCUUUGCCAUUGUGUUUGUUUUUUUUUUGUUUUUUUUUUUUAAUUUUAUUUAAUGCACAUGCACACACAUGUAUACCAUUUUUAUUUUUAAUCUAACCUACCGGCAGUACAGUAAACAACGACCCAAAGUUUUUGGACCUUCCUGAUUUGGUGUGAUGAGGUACUGAGCAUACUGAUAAUCACUUGAAUGGUGUGUGUGUGUAUGUGUGUGAGGUAAUUGUGAAGAAUGCUGAUUGGUUGGGAUGUAUGAAGUUUGUUUUGUAGGAGACUUCAUUUUCAUGCAAAAAAAAAAAAAAAAAACCCACAAAAAAACAACACAUACUAUAUACAAUUAUUUUAUUUGACGCUAUGUUGUAUUUGUCUGCCGAGAAAGAAACACUUUGGUCAUGUUAAUGUAAAGUGGAGCUCUAUGGAGAGUCAUAGUCACGCACUUACUACUUUACAUUCAUUAUUUUUUUUUAAUUUCUUUUCUUAUUUCCCCAAAGCCGGUCUGGAUGGAAAUAAAAAACUGUUUUGUCCAUGUGCAAAUUUUUUUUUUUUUUUUUUGGACAUUUCAUUAUUUAAUAUUAUAUAUAUAUAUAUAUAUAUAUAUAUUGAUUCCAAAAUGCAAUCAAGACUGUUAAUUUCUAUUUGUCCUACCAAAAUCGUUGUUUAAUUAAUGUUGAAUUAAUGUAUGAGAAAGCCAGGUAACCUGUUUAGUGUAAAUCCUUGCUUGUGUGUAUGUACGUGUCAGAUUUAAAUGUUUUUUAUUCUAAAAAUCAUUCACUUUACCCUAGAUGCAUAUAUUGUUUUUGGUUUUUAUUCCUUUCUAUGAUGUUUUCUUUUCCCAUUUCAUCGAGCAGAUUUUAUAAGAAAUAUUUGUGGUUUGAAACUUAGGAACAGCAGUUUCUGGUCAUAUGCAGUGGAUAUAUUGAAGUGCUCUAAUGAUACAAAGUAUGUCUAUCUUACCCUUUACUUCAGAUGAACAUGUAUUUUGAAAGCUCUAUAGAAGAUGUUCAUCCUGUUUGUAUUAUUACCUUCAAUCACUGUGGGAGGGAUAUGAUAUGAUAUAGAUAUAUAUAUAUAUAUAUAUAGAUGAAGUAUAUGAAAUAUCUAUAUAUAUACACACAUAUAUCGAAAUAGAUAUUUAAUUUGAUUUGAAUUAUUGGAAGUUGGGUUUAGCUUUUGAUGUCCUCUCCUCCAUCCUCUCUUCCUGUUCAUCUGUGUGCUCGUUCACCCACACACACACUGUUGCUUCUUUCACAUUAUGUCCUGUGUUUCUGAUGAACUUAAGAUGACUUCCUCCUUACAUUUUAUGCUAUAUGUGGGUAUAAUCAACAAAAAAAGCAGAACACUACAGAUGAAGGGUUUUUCCAGCUGUAUUUUUUUAAAGCCGUUUCAAAGAUGUAUUUUUCAACGCUCUUACAGUGGAUGCAAACCGAGCUUUUGGCUCACCUCAUACACAAAGCAAAUCAGGUUACUCUUUUUAUGUUUGGUUUUUUUUUUUCCUUCAAGGUUUUAAGAUGAAUACAUUCUCCUUUCUGUUUCAAUUGUACUACUGUUCCUCUAUAAUAAAUUUUAAAAUAAAACUUUGAUAUUGCUCUA